UUGUGGCAACAUGGCAACGCUGUGAAGAGUCGAAGUUCUCGUGCAGCGUGCAAAGGGGAGACAUAAGUCCAACGUUUCGAGGUGUUUGGUGUUGUGGUUAUGUUUUUGAAAUAAAAUUUCAUUUAUAAAUAUAAGUUAGUGAGAGCUAGGCUCUUUUAAGCGAAAAAUGUUGGUUCUGUUCGAAACUCCAGCUGGAUAUGCGAUAUUCAAGCUUUUGGAUGAGAAGAGACUCAAAGAAUCCGACAACUUAUAUAAGGCAUUUGAAAGUCCCGAAUCGGCAGGAAAUAUUGUCAAACUCAAGCAUUUUGAAAAAUUUCUUGAUACAACAGAAGCAUUAGCAGCAACUACAGCAGCAGUAGAAGGAAAAAUUUCAAAGAGCUUGAAGAAAGUACUCAAGAAACAUGUAGAUACAGACUUACAAGAGCAACUCCUUGUAGCAGAUGCAAAACUGGGAUCAGCAAUUAAAGAAAAAUUCAGUGUGCAAUGUCUCUCGAAUAAUGCGGUUCAGGAAUUGAUGAGAUGCAUCCGUUCCCAGCUCGACAGCCUUAUAUCAGGCUUGCCAAAGAAGGAGAUGACAGCAAUGGCUUUGGGUUUAGCUCACUCUUUGUCUAGAUACAAGUUAAAAUUCUCACCCGAUAAAGUUGACACAAUGAUUGUGCAGGCUGUGUCUUUGUUGGAUGAUUUAGAUAAAGAAAUAAACAAUUACAUUAUGAGAUGCCGGGAGUGGUACGGAUGGCAUUUUCCUGAACUAGGAAAGAUUAUUACAGAUAACCUUGUAUUCGCAAAAACUGUCAAGAUCAUAGGUACCAGAGAAAACACAUCAACGUCAGACUUGUCUGAUAUUCUUCCGGAGGAUAUAGAGGAGAAAGUAAAAGAGGCCGCUGAGAUUUCUAUGGGAACCGAAAUUUCCGAAGAAGAUAUCAUAAAUAUCCAAAAUUUGUGUGACCAAGUGAUCGAUAUCAUGAACUACCGAACACAGUUGUUCGACUACUUGAAAGCUAGAAUGAUUGCCAUGGCUCCAAAUCUAACCGUUCUUGUUGGUGAGCUGGUAGGUGCAAGGCUGAUUUCUCAUGCUGGAUCUUUGAUAAAUUUAGCAAAGCAACCUGCUUCUACCAUUCAAAUACUCGGUGCGGAAAAAGCUCUCUUUAGAGCGUUGAAGACGAAAAAGGAUACCCCCAAGUAUGGUCUCAUCUAUCAUGCUCAACUGGUGGGUCAGAGUAGCACAAGAAACAAGGGAAAAAUGUCUAGAAUGUUGGCCGCAAAGGCCGCUCUAGCUACUAGAGUUGAUGCCUUAGGAGAGGAUAGUAUUUGCUCUUUAGGGGUGGAACAUAAAGCCAAAUUGGAAGCUAGGUUGAGGAUACUAGAAGAAGGAAAUAUCCGAAGGAUCAGUGGCACAGGUAAAGCGAAAGCCAAGUUCGAGAAGUAUCAUGGUAUCAGUGAAAUCAAACAAUAUCCCGAUGCCGCUGAUUCCACACUCCCUUCUGUUGGUAAACGGAAGAGGGAACCAGAAGAGGUCAAGGAGGAAAUCAAUGACGAAAUCAAUGACAGCAUAGUAGAAGAAGGAUCCAUCAAAAAGAAAAAGAAGAAGAAGAAGGCUGAGAAGGUAGAAGAUGAAGAACAAGGUACAUCAGAGGUAAAAUUGGAAGAAUCUGAAGAACCUCCCAAGAAGAAGAAGAAAAAAAUGAAACAGGAAAUUGAGGAUGUAGAACAAGUAGAGGAAGAAACACUUGAGACUCCUAAGAAAAAGAAGAAGGUUAAACAAGAAAUGAAUGAAUCCCAGGAGGAAACGCCGGCAAAAGAGCAAGCAGAAGGUCUUGGAUCAGAGAAAAAAAAGAAAAAGAAGAAGAAGAAGCACACAGAUAACGAAAUGGAAUAAAUCAGAUUUCACAAAAAUAUAAUUUCCACCAUUUGAUAAUGUGUUUUUCAAGGGGAACAUUAAAAUAUAUUUUUGUGUCUCUU